UCGAAAUGAUUAAACAAACAUUGAAAUCGAUAGAACACUCACCCGAGAAAAUGAAGUUUGUGAUACUUGGUCUUUUAGUGGCCGUAGUGAACGCUGAUGGCGAUUUUACUCCAAUUCCGGGAGGCCUGAGCGGUUCCGGAACCACCACCCGAUAUUGGGAUUGCUGCAAGCCGUCGUGUGCAUGGGUGGAAAAUCUCCCGGCUAGCAUAAAAACUGCGGUAGACACAUGUUCAGCUGACGGUGAAACGGUCAUCAGUCCGGCCAUACAAUCGAGCUGUAUUGGAGGAACGGCAUUCAUGUGCAACAAACAACAACCUUAUGCCGUCAGUGACACGUUGGCUUAUGGGUUUGCAGCUGCAUCUUUCACAGGCGGAGCUGAUGUAAACUUCUGCUGUUCCUGUUUCCUGCUUACUUUCCAGGGACAACUUCAGGGAAAGCAAAUGGUGCUCCAAGUUACCAACACCGGUGGCGAUUUGGGUCAGAACCAGUUUGACAUCGCUCUUCCAGGUGGAGGUGUAGGCAUAUUCACCCAGGGUUGCGUGAGCCAGUGGAACACGUCAUGGAGCGGUUGGGGAAAUCAAUAUGGCGGAGUAAGCAGCUUAGAAGAAUGUUCCGAGCUACCAAAAGAACUGCAGCCCGGCUGCCAGUUCAGAUUUGGAUUCUUCGAAAACGCAGAUAAUCCUCAAGUCCAGUUUCAGCAGAUCCAAUGUCCUCAAGAACUUGUAGAUAAUACGCACUGCAGUUAAAUAAAAAUUUGAUAAAUA